CUUCCCUCCAAGGAAGGCCACUCAAUUCGCAGACGUGCCUCUACGGGGCUUGCGAUCAAAAUGGAGACGAUAUCUAGAAUCUCGUCUAUGCUGGAAACAGCUCGAGGGCUCACUCUGGAGGCAGCACAAUCAGCUGCUAGUAACAGGGGCACAAGCACGGAUCCUACGUCGCGAAGCAAUACUGCUGUUCAUAUCAAAAAGCUCCUAGACAGUCGCAAUGAUCGCGAAGUCUUGGACGGAAUGCGGAAGGUCAUCUCGUUGAUGUACCGCUCCGAGCCUUCUCUCCAGUUCUUCUCUGCUGUUGUCAAAAAUGUGGCCUCCGCGAAUAUCGAAGUGAAAAAGUUGGUCUACAUCUAUCUGGUACACCAUGCUGAGGCGGAGCCGGACGUUGCGCUUUUGUCCAUCAAUGCGAUACAGAAGUCGCUUACCGAUCAAAAUCCCCAAGUCCGGGCCAUGGCACUUCGGACAAUGUCGGGUAUCAGAGUUCCUGUCAUCAGUCAGAUUGUUUCGUUGGCGAUCAAGCGCGGUUGCGGUGAUAUGAGUCCUCAAGUCCGUAAAGCGGCCGCUUUAGCCAUCCCAAAGUGUUAUCGCUUGGAUCCAAAUACCAUACCGCAGCUUGUUGACUAUGUUUCUACGCUGCUAGGUGAUACACAGUAUUUUGUCGUUGGACCGGCUGUAUCUGCAUUUCUGGAGGUGUGCCCUGAAAGGAUCGAUCUUGUGCACAAGCAUUACAGAAGUCUAGUUAAGAAACUCGUGGAUAUGGAUGAAUGGGGGCAACUCGCAACCCUACGUCUUUUGACUGUUUACGCAAGGAAGUGCUUCCCACAAAGGACUCAAAAGGUGAAAAAGGCAGUGACAAGAGGAUUCUACGACGACGACGAUCCGGAGACCGAAGCUGCUGAUGAAGAGCACGAAAUAUUAGUUGUGGAUCCCGAUCUUGAGCUUUUAUUUCGGUCAUGCAAGCUUCUUUUGCAGAGUCGCACGUCCGCAGUCGUUGUCAGCGUUGUCCGAUGUUUUCUAUAUCUGGCACCACCUGAGUAUCUCGAUGCAGCUGUUGGCCCUCUGGUAGCCCUACUCCGGACCUCCCAGGAUACCCAGUACAUCGCGCUUUACAAUAUUGUGGCUGUUUGCAUGAAGCAUCCCAAGCCUUUUUCCAGAUACGUCCGUCACUUCUUAGUCCAUUCCGUUGAUACACCGCCCAUCUGGCGUCUCAAGCUAGAGAUUUUGACAAUCCUAUUUCCGCACUGCGGGCUGCACUUCCGGUGGCUGAUAAUCAACGAGCUAGAGCACUUCUCACACGGGACCGAUCCGGACCUGGUCCAGGAAAGUGUUCGAGCGCUCGGCCGUUGCGCGCAAAGUGACCCGAAUAUGGCAGACCACUGCUUACGUGUUCUCCUCGAUCAGAUUUCGAGCCUGGAUGAGAAUCUCGUGUCGGAGUCCUUAACGGUAAUUCGACAUCUGAUCCAACGAGAUCCGGCAUUGCAUGAACAGACGGUCAUCGAGCUCGUCAAACAUCUUGGGUCGUUAACCAACCCUGGUGCAAGAGCCACUAUCAUUUGGCUUGUAGGAGAGUUCGCAGGUAUCGAACCCGAGAGAAACUUUGCACCAGAUGUAUUGCGUCUCCUGGUGAAAAAUUUUGCCGACGAAUCAGAAAUCGUCAAGCAACAGAUUGUACUUCUAGGAGCAAAAGUCUAUCUACAUCAUCUUUUGCGGAAUCCACCAGAGGAACCCACGCCGAUACCAAAGGUGGAGCCCGAGUAUAGCAACGAGUGGACUGAGAACCAGGAACAACAUGGUGGCGAAGAACAAAAGCAGGAGCCACAAGAACCAGAGGAAGAAGAUCAGAUCACAUUACUAUGGCGAUACGUCCUUCUCCUCGCAAGAUACGACACUUCGUAUGAUCUUCGCGAUCGUGCUCGGCUCUACAAAGCUCUCCUCGCGUCGCCGUCAAGCACACAACUUGCCAGCUUAUUACUUCUCGCACCGAAGCCGGUUCCCCAUGAACCAACACCGUCGGAAUCACGAAGAGACUUGCUCAUCGGCACUUCGACGCUCAUCGUGGGACCGGAAGUCAGCCACCAUGGCUUGAAAGGCUACGAGAACCUCCCAGAUUGGGUUGAAGCGGGCCACGAACCCGAGCCGAGUCUCCGGGACCAGGGGGUGGGCCCGGAACCAGCGGAGCGGGUCUCGGUGACGGCUGGCGAGCGUCUUGAUAGGGCGCUCAAAGAGCACGAGAACAUCGCUGUAUCUCGUUCGAGGCGGAAUGGCCACACAGCAGUCCCUGUAGGAACUAAAACAUUAGAUGAAUGGCUUGAGGAUGAGGAAACUGAGAGUGAGGAGGAAACGGAAUCCGAGGAGGAGGAGGAGGAGGAGGAGGAGGAGACGGGAUCGGAGGAAGAAACGGAAGAGGAAACGGAGGAGGGUGAGGAGGACAAUGAAGAAGACGAGGAGUACGAAGAGGAGUCUGGAUCAGAAAGCAGCCAUGGGAAUAACACGGAAGCUAAACAGCUCCUAGGAAAACCGUGACCAUGGUUUGGGCAAGAUCGAUUAAUAUAGAUUCGAAAGUUUCUUCUGCGAUUCGUAAACUCGUACUCCGUGUUCAGCUGAAGUAGCGAGCCACGGAUCCAUGGACAGCGGCGGUUCUUAACUCCAUACUGUUUACCCAAGAAGCGAGAUGGCACGUCUUGAACGAAAAAGGCCCACUCGAAGCACCAUUACGGA